AAAUCAUAACUUCAAAUUCCCAACUGCAUACCAAGUCAAGCAGCCUUUUACACAGCACAUAUAUAUAUGGUAACUCCCUCCAACCCCCCACCCCACCCCAGACAUAAUUCCCCCACCCCACCCCAGACCUUAAUUAGGUGAAAACAAACCACUAAGUUUCAGGCCUUGCGCGCAUCUCUCGAUCUCUCCACAUACCUUGUCAUCUUCAUCAUCUAUAUCUCGAUCUCUAUCUUUCACUACCUCAACAUCCUUCCAAAUGAAGCAUCAAAGCCCGUCUCCCCUUACACCCUCCUUGCCCUUUACUAUAUUCAUUAUCUUUAUCACAACCACCUCAAUUUCUAGUGGGGAUUCAAACUAUGAAGCCUGUGUACCCCAAAACUGUGGCAACCAAACCAUCCGAUAUCCUUUCUGGAUUAAAAAUAAGCAAGAACCCUUUUGUGGGUUCCCUGGAUUUGAGCUAAAUUGCCAAAACAACAACUACCCAAUUCUCCAAACACCCAACAACAAUUUCACAAUCCAAGAAAUUCUUUACAGAGGGCAGACCCUUCGGCUAAGCAACACUGCGGUUUGGAAUUUAAAGCACGAUUGUUGGCCUCCAAUCAGUAACGUAUCACUAGAGGUGGAUAAUUUCAGUGUUGUUUCGAAUGGUUCGGAUUUGUAUCUGCUUUCAAAUUGUUCCUCAUUGGGUGAAAAUCUUUUGGAGUACAGAAUUGGGUGUGGAGAGGAGAGUAGGAAUGGGAAUGGGGGAUUGGCUAUGUUUGGGAAUGAUGGGAACCUGGGAUAUGGACUGCGGAGUUGCCAAACGGAGGUGCUAGCGCCAGUUGAAUUGGUGAGUGGUGAUGUGGUAAGGGAUUAUUUGAGCGUGCUGAGGAGGGGCUUUUUGGUAAAAUGGAAGGCUCCAGAUUGUACUAGGUGUGAGGACAGUGGAGGGAGGUGUGGGUUUGAUCUGGUUACAUUUCAUUUCAAGUGCUUUUGCACGGAUACGGUUCAUUCUGGCCGGUGUUCUUCAGUUCUUGCAGGAAGGAAGAGACUGCCAUUAAUACUCGGACCAGCUGUCCCUGCUGUUGGGAUAAUGGUAAUUCUGUUGUUGUGCAUUUUCAUCAAGAGAAACGCACGAAGUGAAUCCAUAUUCUUUUGGAAAACUCAGAAAGAGAACUGCCGAAACAUUGAGGCAUUUCUAAAGAAUUGUGGAUCUCUUUCGCCAAAAAGAUACGCUUACUCUGACAUCAAGAAAAUUACCAACUCCUUCAGAACUAAACUAGGUCAGGGAGGCUUUGGUUGUGUCUUCAAAGGAAAGUUAGAAAAUGACUGCCUCGUUGCAGUGAAGGUUCUGAAAGGGUUGAAAGGCAAUGGAGAAGAUUUCAUUAACGAGCUUGCAACAAUUAGUAGAACUUCUCAUGUAAAUAUUGUGACACUUCUUGGGUUCUGUUUUGAAGGUCGCCAUAGAGCUCUCAUAUAUGAGUUCAUGCCUAGCGGAUCUCUUGACAAAUUCAUACAUGAUGGUGGUUCCUUGACAUAUCACCAGUUGGGUUGGGAUGCAAUGUACCGAAUUGCGGUUGGUAUUGCCCGAGGGUUGGAGUACUUACACCGUGGUUGCAAAACGCGAAUUUUGCAUUUUGACAUAAAGCCUCAUAAUAUUCUUUUAGAUGAGGACUUUUGCCCAAAGAUAUCUGAUUUUGGCCUUGCUAAACUAUGCCCGCAAAAAGAGAGUAUCAUAUCUUUAACGGGUGCUAGAGGAACAGUGGGCUACAUUGCCCCAGAAGUAUUUAGCAGAAAUUUUGGUGGGGUUUCACACAAGUCUGAUGUGUAUAGCUACGGGAUGAUGGUUCUGGAAAUGGUUGGCGGAAGAAAGAAUAUAAGUGUUGAGGUUGAUCGUACGAGUGAAAUAUACUUCCCACAUUGGGUAUACAAGCGUCUUGAGCUUGAUGAAGAACUCGGAUUGCACGGCAUUAUGGAUGGUGAGGCAAAUGCAAGUGCAAGGAAGAUGAUAAUAGUUGGCCUGUGGUGUAUACAAACUGAUCCUUCAAACCGACCCUCAAUGAGUCGGGUUGUGGAGAUGUUAGAAGGAAACACGGAGUAUUUGCAAAUCCCCCCCAAGCCUUAUUUGUCUUCUCCCUCGAGAGCACCAGUGGAUUCGUCCACUACUCAUGUCACGACAUUGUGACGAUGCAUGCAUGCUUCUGGAGGGAAAAGCAAAACGUGCAGUCCCCAUGAUUUCAAAAUGCACCACUGAAAAUUAGGUAAGUUUGUAUUUCCUAUGUUAUUGUUGACGUAUAUCCCUCAAAGCUUCGUAAUUAUGACGCUUCCAUCUUGAAAGUUCAACCUAUAGUAGAAAAUUUUUAUUUGGCAUGUAUUUGAGGCCUAUGUUCCCAGUAAUUAUUAUCAUUUUAGAGCUGAACUUGCUUCAAACAAUUCCCCUUGUUUUAAAAGGCAUUUUCCUUAUGUAAUCACUCGACAACAGUACUUUGAGUUUGGAACUUUGUUUAGUCAAUGACAAUAGCUAUAAAUGCA